AUGGCCGGCGCGUCCUCAGAGACCGAGGCUGAGGCGCUAGCCGCGGCGCGCGAGCGGAGCCGCCUCUUCCUGAGCGGCCUGGAGCUGGUGCAGCAGGGCGCCGAGGCUCGCGUCUUCCGUGGCCGCUUCCAGGGCCGCACGGCCGUGGUGAAGCACCGCUUCCCGAAGAGUUACCGGCACCCGGAGCUGGAGGCGCGGCUCGGCCGGCGGCGGACAGUGCAGGAGGCGCGCGCGCUGCUCCGCUGCCGCCGUGCGGGGAUAGCUGCCCCUGUCGUCUUCUUUGUGGACUAUGCUUCUAACUGCUUAUAUAUGGAAGAAAUCGAAGACUCAGUGACUGUUCGAGAUUAUAUUCAAUCCACUAUGGAGACUGAAAAAGACCCCGGGUGCCUCUUGGACUUGGCCAAGAGGAUGGGGCAGGUUCUGGCCAGAAUGCAUGACGAGGACCUGAUUCACGGGGACCUUACCACCUCCAACAUGCUCCUGAGACGGCCCCUGGAGCAGCUGCACAUCGUGCUCAUUGACUUUGGGCUGAGUUUUGUUUCAGGACUGCCAGAAGAUAAAGGUGUCGACCUCUAUGUCCUGGAGAAGGCCUUCCUCAGCACACACCCCCACACCGAGACUGUGUUUGAAGCCUUUCUGAAGAGUUACGGUGCCUCGUCCAAGAAGUCCAGCCCAGUGCUGAAGAAGUUAGAUGAAGUGCGCCUGAGAGGGCGAAAGCGGUCCAUGGUCGGGUAGCAGAGCUGUGGUGACCGGCUCACAGUGGAGGAUAAUGUAGACCAGGCUGGACCUCAGCAGAGCAUGGGGUCGUUAAGUGAUCUGUGAUCAUGCUGGGCCACCGCCAUCCAUGGCUCACUGUUCUCAGGGACUUCAUGUACAUGAGUCUUAGUCUAGGUAGAACAGGGUGGGUAGCCUGGGCUGGCUUCACACUAUGUGAUUGACGAUAACUUUGAACUUAUAUGCUCCUGUAUCCGUUGGAGUAUAGGUGUGUGCUGUCACAUCUGGUUUCUGUGGUGUCUUAGGCAUGCUAGACAAGCAGUCUACCAGCAGAGCUGAAUCCCAGCCCUAGAACUGGGUGUUUUAGAUCAAACAAGCUUUUCCCACAAACAGUGGCUGUGAACCUCAUACAUAGCAGGCAGCAUUGAGCUGAGAACAGUGUUGUAGUCCUGGAAGGACAAAGGCAGGGGCUCAGUUUGAGAUAACACUUCUUGGUCUGCUCUUUAAUCUGGUGGGGUAUUUGUUACACAUAGGAAGACGGUGUAUGGAGCCAGUGCAGUGGGAUGUAAGCACUGCUUUGAGAAAGCAGAACAGACUCCGACUGCGAUGCAGUGGACCGCUCCACGGAGCUUGUUCUGAGCGUGGAUUUCUGCAUGGGUGUGUUUGGAGUUUGAUAUAAAAGAUGUUUUUGAGGGGCUGGAGAGAUGUCCUUGUGGCUGGGAGUGCUUGCUCUUCCAAAGGACUCCAGUAUGGUUUCCAGCCCAGCUCUAAGAGAUCCAGUGCCUCCACCUCAGGAACCUCUGCUUAUGUGCACAUGCCCCUCCCGGAAACAUAUACAUAGAAUUAAAAUAGUAAGAAGAAAUUCUUAAAAUA